AUGAGUUAGGAUAUCUUUAAUAAUAAAAAUUUAAAAUAUAGUGAAUUUGCAAAUAAAUGUGAACUAUAAAAAGAUAAUAAAUAAGAAAUUGAGUAAAGUAGUUAAUAAAAUAAUUCUUAAUAAGAAGGUUUGUAUUAUGAUUAUCAUACUAUAUGUAAAAAAAAUUAUGAUGAAUAAGAAUUAAUUGCAUAGCCUAAACAUAAAUAUGUUUGGUGCCACAUUUCUUGUAUUUUAUAUGUGCCUGAAUGCUUUUUUGAAAAUAAGUAUUUUGUUAAUAAUAUUAAAGGAUUGGAUAAAAUUGAUUAAUUAAGAUUUGAACUUGAAUGUGCUAUUUGCAAACAAAAAAACUCAGGUUCUUGUAUUUAAUGUUAGAAAAAUAAUUGCAUUUACUCUUUUCAUCCUGAAUGUGCAAGGAUAUAAAAUAUUCAUCUAGAAAUAUAAAAUAAUGAGAAAUAAUAGUAUAUUAUAUAUUGUGAUUAUCAUAAACCUCUCUAAAUUAUUAAAACUUUAGAUUAUAAAGAAAAAAAUACAAAGUUUUUUACAAAAAAAAAUAAUUAAAACGAAAAUAUAAUUUAUUUAAAAAAAAUAAACCAAAAAAUACAAUAAUAAUAAUAAAACAAUGAAAUAGAUAUUGAAACAAUAACAUAAAAAGAUGAAUAAAUUCAAUAAAAUAAUAAUAACAAUAAUAAUCAAAGUUUAUAAUACUAGGUUAUUCAUUUCCCUGGUUAGGAAUUUUUAAAACAUUUUAAAACUAUAAUUAAUUAAAUUGAAUUUUCCAAAAUAAUAAAAUGUGAAUCACCAGAUACGAAGUUAGAGUUAUAUAAAAAAUACAUUAAUAUAUAAAAAAGUAAGAAUUAGAAAAAAAAUUUCGAAUAAAUUUUAUAGAAAAGGUUUAGAAAAUCAAAAUAUUUUAAAUUAAGAUAAUUAAAAAAGAAUGAAAUAGAAUAAUAGCUUUUUAAAUUAAAUGAAAAUAAUAAUAAAUUCGAUAUUAAAAAUUUAUCAAAGAAAUAUAUUAAAAAAGCAAAUAAAAUAUCAAAAGAUAAAAAUAAAAAGAAAAAAUUGAAAUUAAAUACUAAAAAAAUUGGAAAAGUUAAAAAAUAAAUAGAAAAAAUUAAAGAAACUGAAGAGAAAUAUGCUGAAAAUUAUGAAUCAGUUAAUGAGGAUUCAGAUCAAUUAUAUUGUAUUUGUAGAUAAAAAUAUACUUAUGGAGAUUAAAUGAUGGCAUGUGAAAUAUGCAAUGAAUGGUUCCAUUUUAAAUGUUUGGGGUAUAAAGGAAGUAUUGAAGAAGCUGAAAAAAUAUAAUUUAUUUGUACGCUUUGUUAUAAUAAAUAGGAUUAAAUAUAAUAAAUGAAAAUAUUUAAUGAAUAUAAAGAUUCAUUUGAAAAUUACAAAAAAUAUAUUACUAAUAGUAUUAAUGGAGAAUAAGAGAAACUGUAUUAAAUAGAUGAUUAGAAGGAAAAUAAUUAAUUAUAAGCAAAUACCGAUAGUUUCAAAGCAAAUAAAAAUAAUUAAAAAUAUGUAAUAUUUUAUUGUAUAUAUAAUAUUUUAUUUUUUUUAUUUAUUAAGGAAAUUAAUUGUUAAAUAAAUGUUAAAUUUAAAAGUUAUAUAAAUUAAGAAAAUAUUAAUGUCAAUUGA